AUGGCCGCGUCCACAAAUGACGGAAAAAUAACGGCAACAGCACGUGGAUACAAUUGCGGCCAACGACGGAGUCACCAUCGACGCGAGCCGAGUUGUGAAGAUCUCCGCCAAAUGUGUAAGCUGUUUCUAAACUCUGCGUGGAGGAAGUCUGCACAGAACCCACAAAAAGUGGAGACAAAGCUGAUUGGCAUUGUCGAUGGCGACGCGGUUUCGCAUUCAUCAACUCUCCAGCUCACGAGCCGACGUGCCUUGAAAUGUGAGGUGACAAGGGUCGGUAGCCGCUGCAAGAGGAAAUCAGAACCUCAAGAUUCAGCAACGUCGCCUACGGUUCGAUAA